UCCAGCUCCAGACACCCACAGGCUGAAAGUCUCGAAUUCCAUGUCAUCCACGUCUCAUCUUAUCCUCCCCACCGUCGUUCGCCCCGACUUCUCCCGCCGCCGUAAAAGGCCUCGGUUCCUCCCCGCCACCAUUCCCAACUUCCCUUCUCCUCCUCCAAUUCGUCCUCGAACGUCUCCUCCUACACUCGCAGCCGCCUCCAUUUCUUCUCCCCUGCAAGCCCUAAUCUUCGACUGCGACGGCGUGAUCCUUGAAUCGGAGCAUCUCCACCGGCAAGCCUACAACGAAGCCUUCGCCCAUUUCGCCGUCCGCUACCCUAAGUCCUCGCCGAAGCCUAUUUACUGGUCCUCCGAUUUCUACGAUGAGCUGCAGAACCGAAUUGGUGGAGGGAAGCCGAAAAUGAGAUGGUACUUCAAGGAGAAUGGAUGGCCUUCUUCUGCCAUCUUUGUGGAGCCGCCUCUGAUGGAUUCGGAUAGAGAAAGACUGGUAGACGUGAUCCAGGAUUGGAAAACAGAAAGGUAUAAGGAAAUAAUCAAAUCUGGAUCUGUUGAAACUAGGCCUGGGGUUCUUAGAUUGAUGGAUGAUGCUAAGGGUGCGGGUGUUAAGGUUGCUGUGUGCUCCGCAGCAACAAAAAGCUCUGUUGCUUUAUGUUUGGAGAAUCUACUUGGAUUAGAACGGUUUCAAGGCCUUGAUUGCUUCCUCGCAGGUGAUGAUGUCAAAGAGAAGAAGCCCAGUCCAUUAAUUUAUUUGGCAGCCUCUAAGAAGCUCGGUGUGCCUGGAGGAAAUUGCUUGGUAGUGGAAGAUAGUGUCAUUGGGUUGCAGGCAGCAACUGGAGCUGGAAUGCCUUGUAUAAUAGCCUACACAUCUUCAACUGCUAACCAGGAUUUCAAAGAGGCGAUUGCAACUUAUCCAGAUUUGAGAAGUGUCAGGUUGGAAGAUCUCGAGUUAUUACUUCAGAGUACUGUGCUGUCCACCUAGCAUGUUAUUAGCCUAUGCUUUUAGCCUUUUAGUUUCAAGUUCAGAAAUCCGGAUUAUUACAAAAUUUAUCAUGAAGCUUCUUUCCAGUGCAGUAUAUUCAUUGUCGUGGAUAGUGCUCCUGUUGAGACAUAUUGUACAAUAAAUAAUGCUUGGAUUAGUAAUCUUACUCAUGAAAGUUAAGAAUAAUCUAAAAAUAUAUUGAUUUUUUACUCUGCUCAUUGU